AUGCCCUUCCAUCCAUCAAAAUGGCACUUCGAGAUCGACGACUAUCUUAACCCCUGGCUCCCCGCAGCGCCAUGGAAGCACAUACCGUACCCCGUCGCGCGCUUCUUAGGCCAUAGGCCGGAGCACCAGCGUCCGCUGGGUAAUAUAGCCAUGAUCUUUUGGGCCUUCAUUGGGGUGUUCUGUUCGAUAACUAUCAUCGAAGCGGUGGGCCGCGCCGUCCCUUCGUUCCGCGAACACGGUGCUCCUAUCAUCAUCGGCAGUUUUGGCGCCGCUGCUGUCCUCGAGUUCUAUGCUAUCGAGUCGCCCCUCGCGCAACCGCGCAACGCUGUCCUCGGCCAAGUGUUCUCGUCCUUCGUCGGCGUCGCGAUUAGCAAGUUAUUUGCCUUGGGCCCGGUGUCGAGGGAGUUAACAUGGCUGGGUGGCUCGCUGAGUUGUGCGUGUGCAGUUGCUGUCAUGGCUUUGACAGGUACUGUGCAUCCGCCCGCUGGUGCUACCGCACUCCUCGCCGUGGUCGAUGAGGGUGUGGCGCAUCUGGGUUGGUUCUUACUACCGAUUGUCCUUCUCGGAUGCGUCUUGAUGCAGUGUGUCGCCCUACUGUUAAAUAACAUCCAACGACGGUUCCCGGUCUACUGGUGGACCCCCGCGGAAGUGGGUCGGCGGAAACAGUCACCACAGCACCGCGACGAUGUACAGAGUAAUAGCGAUAGCGGAAGCGAAAUCGGAGCUAAGCUUGAGAUUACCAGAACACGUCACAUGGAAGAAGGGAAAGCCGUAGUGGAGCAGGCGAAGGUAAUCAUAACAAGAGGGCACGUCAACGUCCCUGAUGAUAUGUAUCUCUCGCCCGAAGAGAAAAUUUUUCUAGAAGAGUUAAGUGAAAGAUUAUGAUAAUUGACCUACUACUUUUGCAGUCUUCAUUCCCACUAGUGUCGACUUCGACUCAUAAUGGCCUCAGAGGUAUGACUUAUUAGCAUAUAACCCUAGCAGUAAUCUGAAGUUAUAGUGAUGAAGCUAGAUAGGAAGGAAAGUUGUACUUGCCUGUGUUAGAGACCCUUAUCGUGGCAAGGGACCGCUAUCGCCACAGAGGAGGGCCCUGGCUUAAGACAUGAAGACAAAGGGGCUGUUCGUGUAACUUGUGCUCUCCUUGAAUAGCAACGGAUUUACAGCCCCCCUUCAUGGUUGGUCUUGUGGGAGCCUGCCGGCUGUGGUUACUAUACCUUAGAAGGACUUCUCUAUGUCAUACAGCGAAUAGUAUGCACUAUCAUUGAUUUAAUCGCCGCAUGAAUAUGCGAUGCGUAUUUUUUGCGUUACUCUUCCAUGGGCGGUUCGGUCACCCACGUUAACAGGU